AUGCUGGUCUCCUUGACCGUUGGCAAGGUGGAUGCUGGAGUAGCAGUCCUCCUCACCGAAGACAAGCGACUGAUAGAGUUCCCGUCAAUACUAUUGCCUUCAUCUAUAGCGUCGGGGUCGAUCGUCGAUAUCACCGUAUCACAAAACUUCGAAGCCGAACAGAAAUCGCAGGCUGCGUUCUCGGCCCUACAGAACCGAAUCCUAAACACUUACGGGAUCAACACUCCUUCUACACCUGCAUUACGCUUGCGAAAUGCUACUCAGACUUCCCUCGUCCUGGAAUGGGACCCUAUCCAGCUGGCGACCACUACCCUUCACUCCCUCUCCCUGUACAGAAAUGGAAGCAAAGCAGGAAACAUCCCGAGACCUUUGGAACAGACGGCCACAAAGAUCAGUGGAUUGGCCGUAGAUAAUGAAUACUCUUUCUAUCUCGUACUGCGAACAAGUGGUGGCACCUACACGAGCAACGAGCUUACCGUCAAGACGCAUGCAAUGAACAACUUGACGGGUAUUACAGUGACACCCGGAAUUCUACCUCCACCGUUAAGAGAGUCCCUCGAGGCUGCAGUCGAGCGCAUUGGAGCGAAGAUUAUUGACACAAUCAGAAUAGACACUACGCAUUUUGUCUGCACAGAGGGUCGAGGACGUGACUGGGAAAGAGCCAAUGAAAUGAACAUCCCCGUCGUGAGGCCGGAAUGGAUCGAAGGCUGUGAAAGAGAAGGGAAGAUAAUUGGGGUUCGCGGAUAUUAUCUGGAUGCGGAUCCCAAACAGAGACAAGUCGGCUCAAAUCCAUCCCUCGCGGGCAGGCCUUCAACAGCGGGCGCUCCCCAACAAGCCAAUAUGCCGCAACGACCAAAAGAGCCUUCGACGACGCCGAAGAGCCCCGACAGGGAAAGCACAGUUAGCGGAGAACCAGGUCCUGAAGUGCCUCCCACUCCACCGCAGAAGGACCUGCCGCCUGCGCCCGCACCCGUCGAUGACGAAGAAGACGAAGACAUCGAAGAAGAGGCGGAAAGACCGCCAGCCGAGCCCAAGGACAAACAUAAGGCUGAAUCUUCUGAUGAGGAUGAGGAGGAGUCGCCCACUGACGAAGCUGGCGAGGCUCACGGUGCACAGAAUCAUCGGCCCAAUGUUGAGGAUGCCAAAGAAGGAGCAGACAUGGAAGACGUUGCAUUAUGA